AUGCGGUACCCACGCCUUCGUUUACGUUGUUCAAUUCUCUUCGGCUUAAUAAUAUUAAGCCUUUUCUGCUUUGUAACAUUUAACACAUUUUUAUGGUCAACAACUGAACCUGAACCACAAGAACACAUUCCACAACCUCCUAAACCACCUGUUGAUAUACCACUUUGGUCGGCUAUUGGUCACGAAAAUAUUUAUGAUAUAAAAGCAACAAAAAUACUCAAAUUAACUAAUCAUGCAUCAUCUAUAACUGGUGAACGUAUAGAGGAACUUUAUCAAUUAGUACGUAGUGCUAAAGAUGAUCAUGUAAAAAACCCAUAUUCUCGUGAUUCAACAUGGAGUCUUGAAAAAUUUGUUGGUAAAAUAUUCAACAAUACUACUAAUGAUGCAAGUAAACGUGAUGAUACAGCUGAUUCAAACCGUAAGAAAGCAAGAAAACAUAAUUCUACAAAUGUAGACGAAACUACCACUGAACAUGAUAAAAAACAAUUACGAUAUUUUAUACAUCGUGCAAUGGCUAAAUGGAAAAAACGACAUUUAAAUGAUAAAAUUAUAACAUUAGGCGAUCUUUUGCAUGAUACAUUAGCACAAGAUGACCCAAAAAGAUUGAAUACAACAUGGUUUCAGUUCACGAAAACGGUGACUAAUUUACGUGUCUAUAAUAUAUAUAGUUCAGAAUAUACAAAUCUUUUCAAAUAUUUGCAAUAUGGUGAAAUAACUGAAGCAAAUGAAAUGCCACAAGGUACUCAAAUUAAAAUUAUUCUUGAUUUACCUAAUGGUUUUCAAGGACUAUUAAAACCUUUCAGAGUACCGCGUAAUUAUCAAACACCAUCGGAUCAUUUUUAUUUUAGUGAUGUUGAAAGACAUCAUGCAGAAAUAGCAGCAUUUCAUGUAGACAAGGUUCUAGGUUUUAAUCGUGUUCCUCCAGUAAUUGGGCGGAUUUUUAAUAUAACUAAGGAUAUUCGUGAAAAAGCAACAAGUGAAUUAGCUGGCUCAUUUUUUAUUUCACCUGCUAAUAAUACGUGCUUCCGUGGUCAUUGCUCAUAUUAUUGUGAUACAGGACAUGCUGUUUGUGGUAAACCAGGUGAUCAUUUAGAAGGUUCUGUUCAAGUACUUUUACCAAGACCACCUGAAAUCGAUUGGCAAAAACUUACUCAUCCAUAUCGUCGAUCAUAUAGUUCAACAAAAAAAGCUGACUGGGAAACAAAUGAAAAUUAUUGUUAUGAAUAUAUUAUGAUUGAUGAAGAUUAUCACAAUCGUUUAAUGCUUGAUAUGAUGGAUUUAGCAGCAUUUGAUUUUAUUAUAGGUAAUUUGGAUCGUCAUCAUAUGAUGCGUAUUAGUUCAUUUGGUAACAAUACAAGUUUAAUAUAUGUGGAUCAUGGUCGAAGUUUCGGUCGAUAUGAUUAUGAUGAUUUAUCAAUUUUAACACCUAUUCGACAUUGUUGUUUUUUUCGUUAUACAACAUUUAAACGUUUAUAUCGUGUAUAUAAGCAAGGUCUUUCAAAAUUAGUUUCAAAAUCAUUAAAAAAUUUUGAAGGAUUACAAAUGAUUCUUAUUGACGAACAUCUUACUGCUAUUGAUCGACGUUUAGAAAUAAUUUUUGCACAUCUUGAUGCAUGUAUUAAAAUUUAUACAGUGAAAGGCGUUAUGAUUGAUGAUGGUAUUGAUUAA